AAAAGUUGAAAAAUGAAGAAAAUAGAUUGACUUGUAGAUAUUUCUUUUUCAAUUCAAAUUAAUUACCUAACUUAAAUAGCCAGAUCCAUUUAUAUAUUUCAGUUAAUGUUUCGUUUUUUAGUAUUAACGGCUGUGACGGGUGUCAGUGUUUUGAGAGUAAACUGCACUACCGCAGCCACUGUCGCAAUGGCAAUGAGAGCCGCCGAUUUCGAAGUUUAUGGUAGAGUCCAGGGAGUUUUCUUUCGUAAGUUCACUAAAGAACAAGCCCAGAAACUGGGACUCCGUGGCUGGUGUAAAAAUACUGAUGAAGGAACUGUCUUAGGACACAUGCAGGGGCCACCGGAUAAAAUUGAAACAAUGAUGCAGUGGUUGAAAACGACUGGGAGUCCGAGCAGCAGAAUCGAAAAGGCUGAAUUUAGAAACCAAAAGGAGAUAACUGAGUAUAGCUUUGACAAUUUCAGUAUUGUCAAAGAUUAAUUUUAUUAUCACUAGAGGAUUGUGCAAUCUCCCAAGAUUUAUAUCUGAACCACUAGAACAUAUUCUUCACUAAGUUUGAUUGAUUAAUGUCAAAUUGCUGAGCAAUUUUAAUUUCAAUGGGUUUGUUGCAUUUUGAACCAUCACAUAAAUACAUCUCAUUUUUAAACCUUAUGAAGUAGAUGGAACUAAUAAAAUGCCAUCUUAAGCUGUACAAGCUUUAUCAUGGAAUUGAGAUUGACAUUGUGAAAGGUUUCUAGCCCAUCGCCUAAAAGAAGAAACAUUUAAUUUCACUACUAAUUACUUAAAAGUUAUUUUUGUUUAAUUUUUUCACAAUAUUUAUUAUGAAUUUCUAAAUAUUAAGUUACUGGUGGUUUUGCGUAUAAAUUAGUAGAAACAAUGGUAUAAGUGUACCUGUGUGAUAUUUUUCAGUGUAUUAAAUACCUACGUAUUAUAAUUUAUUCUUUUCUAAUAUAAAAUCUUAAGGUACAU